AUGACCACAUCUACAUCAUCGCCUUCUGCGGCAGAUGCUGCUGUGGCUCCAGAAUCUGCCAGUUCGUCUGCAUCAUCAUCUUCUUCAUCGUCGUCCAGCUCAUCGGCUUCUUCGACGUCUUCUAUUGGUCCGAUACCGUCUUCUUCAGAGCUAGCGACGAUAUAUGAUCCAGCGUCGGCUGCAGCACUUUCGGCACAUUUUGGAAGUUAUUACGAUCCGACGAGUUCUUCACAAAUCGCUUCGUAUUUUUCUAGUCAGGGGAUUGGAGCAGGACCACAGUAUCCUGUUUUGGGAGAUCAGUCCCUGUGCUACAAUCCAUCUGGUGUCAGUAAUGGUCAUCAUGACUGGAAGCAACUCGAAGCGGACGAUGAUGAUGAUAAGGAUGAUGAUAAGAAGGGCAUCAGUGGAGAUGACGAUGAUAUGGAAAAAGGCGGCGGAGCAGUGUAUCCAUGGAUGACUCGAGUGCACUCGACGACAGGCGGUUCACGCGGCGAGAAGCGACAACGGACGGCGUAUACGAGGAAUCAGGUGCUAGAGCUCGAGAAGGAAUUCCAUACGCACAAAUAUUUGACACGAAAGCGACGAAUCGAAGUAGCUCAUUCUCUGAUGUUGACUGAACGACAGGUAAAAAUCUGGUUCCAAAACCGACGGAUGAAGCAUAAGAAGGAGAAUAAGGACAAACCAAUGACGCCUCCAAUGCUGCCGUUCGGCGCCAAUAUGCCAUUUGGUCCAUUUCGUUUUCCACUUUUCAACCAGUUCUAG